CUCCCCCUCUUCGUUCCUGCGUGAAUGGGUUUUUUUCCGUUUAUGAUUUUUUGUCUUUCACCGUGAAAUCUGAACUCGUCCGCGGGACCCCCCCCCCCCCGCCCCCCCGGGCUCGCGUCUGUCAGAACUUCGCCUGUUGUUUGCCCUGCAGCCGCAGCGCUCGGCCAUCCUGUGCCGUAACAUGACAAUUGGGCAGUAAGAAAAAAAAAUAAUAAUAACGUCGAGAAGACCAAACUAGGCCCGCAACACACACACGAAGUGGAUAUGGAGUCGUCAGUGAAGGCGAGGGCCACGGCGGGGGUGAAGGAAUUUGCGGGGAAGACCCUGGGUCACAUGCACAGGUUGAUGGAGAGGAGGCAGAAGAGCGGGGAGGUGAUCGAGCUGACGGAGGACGGCCGGCCGCGGGAGGCCGCGGAGAAGAAGCCCCCGCUGUGCGACUGCAGCUGCUUCGGCCUGCCCCGGCGCUACAUCAUCGCCGUCAUGAGCGGCCUGGGCUUCUGCAUCUCCUUCGGCAUCCGGUGUAACCUGGGCGUGGCCAUCGUGGGCAUGGUCAACAACAGCACCGUCCACCAGAACGGCAAGAUCAUCGUCACAGAGAAAGCCAAGUUCAACUGGGAUCCGGAGACGGUGGGGAUGAUUCACGGAUCGUUUUUCUGGGGCUACAUCGUGACUCAAAUCCCGGGAGGAUACAUCUCCUCCAGGCUCGCAGCCAACAGGGUAUUCGGUGCAGCCAUCGUCCUGACCUCCACCCUCAACAUGUUCAUUCCCUCGGCUGCUCGAGUCCAUUAUGGGUGUGUCAUUUUUGUGAGGAUAUUACAAGGGCUGGUGGAGGGAGUGACCUACCCGGCCUGUCACGGCAUCUGGAGUAAGUGGGCUCCUCCGCUGGAGAGGAGUCGUCUGGCCACCUUAUCGUUCUGUGGCUCUUAUGCUGGAGCUGUGAUAGCGAUGCCUCUGGCUGGGAUCCUGGUUCAGUACAGUGGCUGGUCCUCAGUGUUCUAUGUCUAUGGAUGCUUCGGCAUCUUCUGGUACAUGUUCUGGAUCCUUGUGUCCUAUGAAAGCCCCGCUGUACAUCCAACCAUCACUGAUGAGGAACGCUGCUACAUUGAGGAGAGCAUUGGAGAGAGUGCCAAUCUAUCGGGUCCUGCUGAGAAAUUCAAGACCCCGUGGAGGAAGUUCUUCACCUCAAUGCCUGUCUAUGCAAUCAUCGUGGCCAACUUCUGCAGGAGCUGGACCUUUUACCUGCUGCUGAUCAGCCAACCUGCAUAUUUUGAGGAAGUGUUCGGCUUCGAGAUAAGCAAGGUCGGCAUGGUUUCUGCCCUUCCCCAUUUGGUGAUGACCAUCGUCGUGCCCUUUGGCGGCCAGCUGGCCGAUUACCUGCGCAGCAAGAACAUCAUGACAACUACCAACGUCAGGAAAAUCAUGAACUGUGGAGGAUUUGGCAUGGAGGCCACAUUGCUGCUGGUGGUAGGAUAUUCCCACAGCAAAGGGGUGGCCAUCUCCUUCCUGGUGCUGGCAGUGGGCUUCAGUGGAUUUGCAAUAUCAGGUUUUAAUGUCAAUCACCUGGAUAUUGCUCCACGUUAUGCUAGUAUCUUAAUGGGCAUUUCCAAUGGUGUGGGUACCCUGUCUGGGAUGGUGUGCCCACUGAUUGUUGGUGCUAUGACAAAGAAUAAGACACGAGAGGAAUGGCAGUACGUGUUCCUGAUUGCCUCCAUGGUGCAUUAUGGGGGUGUGAUCUUCUACGGGAUCUUUGCUUCAGGAGAAAAGCAACCGUGGGCCGACCCAGAGCUGACCAGUGAGGAGAAGUGCGGCUUCAUUGACGAGGACGAGCUGGCAGAAGAGACAGGCGACAUUACUCAAAGCUACGGUGCGUUCGGCGGUGCCGCCAAGACGUACGGUGCGACCACGCAGGUGAACGGAGGCUGGGCUGCCGGGUGGGAGAAGACCGAGGAGUACGUCCAAGAAGAAACACAGGGAGGGGGCUACGGCUACAGGAAGGAUGAGGGAUACUCCUAGACCAAACACACAUUCACCGACCCAUGAGUAGACUUCUUUUCCUGAGUGUGCAUCAGUUUAGUCCUAAAAUAUAUCAGCAAAUGAAAACAAGAAAAACUACAAUCCAUCAUUGUCGGCUAUUGUUUGCACAAAUUUAAAAAUGAAAAUACUCCUAAAAAAUGAUCCACUUAAUGUUUAAAUUGCUAAAAUAUAUGGAAAAUAUAAAGAUAUUUGAUUAAUAGACGUGUAACACAUAUCAAAUUGGCAGUCUGUAAAUGUAUUAUUAUGCAUAUUGGUCAUAAAUAUGUUCAUUUGGAGUGCAACCAUAGGUAGACGUGAACAUUUCCAUUCUACUAGUCGAGACUUCCUGACCACACUGAAGCCUGUAGGUUUACAUAGAAGCUGCCCCUCAGAACUAACUCCUUAAUUAUCAAAUGACCUGUGACAGUACAAUGUCCAAUACAAACCAGCCAUCACAGUGUAGAAAUAUGUCACUGCACAGCGUUGUAAACAGACACCAGACACUCUGUUGAUAUAGAUUGUACUGUGUCUCUCCUGGAUGCACUCAGAUUAGUGUGACCUGUCAAUGCACAAGACGAUGAUUUAAGUUUUCUUAUCCACGGCUUCUGUGUGUGUAACUCUAAGUCCUUAACAUGUAAGUGACCUGGUGUAAAGAUUUGACGCGUGGCGUAAUGACCCGUGAUGGCCGUUCGGUUACACUUUGCAUACAAGGUUGAAAAUUGUCUUUGUUUGCUACAUGUGAUCCAUUUUGUACCUUUGCAGUUUGAGAGUUUGAGUUUCGCAUUUGCGACCUGUCACAUCCCAGCAGUGUAGUGCAGGAGUAAAGCCAUUCUCAUUAUUUCAGUCCACGUUACUGUCGAAGCCUAUAGCUGUACCAAUGCAAUGUCAGGAAAAAUGUUUUGAAUAAAAAUGGUCUUAAAUUAAACAUAUAUAUAUAUUACAGAGAUAACUAGUAAAGAUGUAUAAACGCUUAGAGAUUAAAUUUAGACACUUUUAGACCAAGAGAUUUGCGUCAUACAUACAUGACUUUAUGAAGAGUUUGUGCAAUGCAAAGACUGGCCAAAAUCAGUAUGAGAGUCUUCAUAUAUUAGAGCAACAAACCUAAAAUGUUUGACGAAAAGAAAAAUAUUUUAAAAGUGUGAAAUCGAUAUUUACAUAAUUAAAGGAAUAGGUGAGUAAUAUUCAACGCAGUCGUUAAAGCCCCCGGAAAUAUAAGUAUUUCUCAAUAAUAUCAAAUAUUUAUGUCGAAAAAAGGGAACACUGCUAAAUCUGCUUGAUCAUGACUGACAGUAAUAAAACAACCCAUCAACAAUAAUCAGACUCUGAAUCAAAUGGUAAAGUCUGCACAGAAAUACAUACUGACCGUUUUUCCAGACAAGACCAGUGAGAACAACAAAAAAAUUAAUAAUUAAAAUUAUGAAAAAGAAAAUGAAAAAACUUUUCUAAAUUGCAGAAUUUGUGGAAGAUCCCCAAGUUUAAAGUGAGAGGAACGAGAAAAUGUUUCCAGGGCCUUCAAAGCUAAAGUUGAAGUGAACGUUCACAAACACAAAUUUCAAUGUUUACACCUAUACUUUGCGUCGAGUUCACCAAAACGAGAGAUUUCUUUUUACAGUUAAAGAUAAUAUACCGUAGGAGAGGCAAUCACAAAUAUGUGCAAUUUGGACAAACUGACAUUUGUCCAUUUGAAAAGUGGCACAAAACAUUUGAAUGAAUUCAUGUGUAAUGCAAUGACCUUUCUUUACCUCCGCCAGCCUGGUAAUGAAAAGUGUUUGUAGGCUCCAGAAUAAGAAGAACAAGUGAACACACCACGUCUUCUGGCACGGUCCUGUCCUCAUUCUGCACUUACACUGACUGACGAGGUCGGAGCGUUGAUUUGAUUUGUCACUCGUCUGUGGAGACCUUAAAGUCGGCACUUCACAAUGUAGAUGUGUGUGGAUGUGUAUUUAUGCAUGGAAAAAAAGUGAACUUUGUAGUAUGUCCUUUUGUCCUUUGGUUUCUUUUUCUUUCGGACUUCUUUGUCUGUGUCUCAGAAACUGUUACUGAUGCUAAUUUCUUUGCACAAUUAACCAAAGGUGAAGAGCAGAGCUGGGUUUUAGCUGGACGUCAACACAUUUUUAAGGGAGUACAGACCAUCAGCAGCGAGGUUUCAGCGCGUGAACCCCUGGUGUGCAGGUGGCACCAAACACAACUCAGUGUACAAAGCAAUAAAUCCAUAGUAACAGUUCUGGUCAUGAACAGUCAUUAUGUAUAACUGUUUUUUACGCAUUUGUUUUAACAGUCGUGUUUUUUUUGUGAUACUAAAUGUAGGAAAAUGAACACUUGUAAAGAAAAAAAAUAAGAAAUAUACUGUGUGUAUGAAAAUAUAGUAAUAGAGCCCAGCACGAAUCUCUUUGACCACAAGAAAUAUCAGGGAGUUUGUGACGAGGCUGCUCACCAGAUGAGAAUGAUAAGACGAGCUCCGUCCGAGAGACGGACGCUCGUCUCCUUCAUGUUUCUGUUUUUGUGUGAAACACAUGGACUUGUUGUUGUGCUGUUGUUUCCUCCCCCUCUCUCUCUCUCUCUCUCCCCCUCCCUCUCUCUCUCUC